ACACACAAUAGGAAGCCAUGCUGAACAGACUUGGAACUUUCAGAACGACAAAUUUCAAUGAGAGAUAUCUUAUAUUUACAGACAAAAAGAUAGAAAAUGUAAUAGUGGGUUUGUUUCCUGCUCAUUUUAGAUUGUAUUUUUUGUUCUAACUUCAGAACCCACGGCCUAAUGGUGAUAUAUUGGUUACAUCUUCUUGAGCUUUAUUGUUGCGUUUUCGUGAAAUAAAUAUCGGUACACCGUAAAAUGCAGUUUCCGUGGGAUUUUGGUAAAAUCAGCCGCAAUGAGGCUGAGCAAAUGCUAUUAAAGAAUGGUAAAAAUGGCGCGUUCCUGGUUCGUCAGAGUGAGAGUAUCCCCGACGCGUAUGUCUUGAGUUUGUGGUUUGACAAAAUGGUUCAUCAUUACCGAAUAUUGAAAAAAGAAGAUAAAUUUCUUGUGCAGUAUUCAAGUGAUAACAAAUAUUUUUCAAAAGUAUUUUCCAAUUUGGAGGAAGUGAUUGAACUUUAUAAGCAGCGUGGCACAGGUUUGGUUCACCCUUUAACACAGCCACUCACAAAGGAAACUAAUGUCAGUGAUGGGGACGAAUUUACAGAUGAUGAGGAUGAAGAAGAGAAAGAUUUCACUGAUUGCGCGUGGAAUGGUUCAGAUGAGGAUGUUGAAACUAUUAGCUCAUUUUUCUUGAAGAGAAUGCAAAGUAUUAAUACUUCAGAAGUGGAUUCUGAUUUCUGCGACAGUGUUAAAAAUUACUUGAAAGGUGGAUUUGAACGCGAUGGGGACAAACCAACGCCCGUUGAUCUACAGGAAUUAAUUAUUAACUUUGCUGACGGACUAAAAGGGGAGGUUAAACAGUUCCUCAAAAAGAUUCUGUUUCUGCAAGAUCUUUUUUCAACAGACCAUUCUAUUAAAGUAGCACCGACGCGUGCUGUUUCAAAAUUUGAGGAUUUUAUGCAAGAUCUGGCGACAUGUGUGGCCGGAAUAAAGACUCUUCAAACGUUGGUAAAGAAAUCUCAUAAAGAUUAUAUGACAACUGUGGAUGAUGAAGAAUCACGAACGUUUGAGGUUACAAAAUGCGAUUUUUUCAAGACGAAAUUGUUUUUAAAAGUUGAUGUUAGUGAAGGAAAGCUUUUGUUCAUGAAGAGUACGAAAGACUCGAUAGAAGAUUGCUACUUAAUAAUUGAACAUGAUGAAAUUUUGCAAUUGGUCAAAGACCAGGUUUCUCCCAAAUUGACGUUGAAUAUGAAAAAGGAACAUCGAAAGCUUUUUCUCAAAGAUAUUAAGGAGCGCGAAAAGUUAUGUUUGUUAGUUCAUCAUAUGUUGAACUUACGUAAUCCGAAUAAGAACACACCGAAAUCAAUAUCUGUAUUUGUUGGAACAUGGAAUAUGGGAAACAAUACUCCAGCAGCAAAAAUCGACUCGUGGUUAUGUUGUAAAGGUUUAGGGAAUACAAACGGUUCGAUCUUUAAAGAAGCUUUUAUGGGGCAUGAUAUAUUCGCCAUUGGGACGCAAGAAAGUGGAAUGAAUGAAACAAGUUGGAUAGCAUUUUUAAAGAAAGCGCUGAAAAGGCAAUUUUCAAUUGAGUAUGACACGGUUGGAGCACAGUCACUGUGGGGUAUGCGUCUGGUUAUUCUUGCAAAACCCGAACAUGCUAACAGAAUCAGCAGAGUUGUAAAGUCUACGGUGAAAACUGGGAUUGCCAAUGCAAUGGGAAACAAAGGAGGAGUUGGAAUAUCUUUUGAUUUUUUAACAACGUCAUUGUGCUUCAUUAAUUGCCAUCUCACAUCAGGAAGUGAAAAAUUAAGAAAGGAAAGGCGCGGGCAAAAUUUCUCAGACAUCUUGAAAGGUUUGAAUCUUGGUCAUAAAGGUGCUUUUGAUUUGACAAAUCAAUUCCACGACGUAUUUUGGUUUGGAGAUUUAAAUUACAGGAUUGAUAUGUCGUACGAGGAAAUCAUGAAAGCUAUCGAAGAAAAGGAUUACCAAAAGCUUUUGAGACAAGAUCAGUUGACGAAGGAAAAGAAUGAGGGAAACGUGUUUUUUGAUUUCUGUGAAGAUCUUCCUUGCUUUCCUCCGACAUACAGAUACAAAAAGGAACACGUGACACAUAUUUACAUAUCAAAUCGAAACGGACUGGGGUUAAAUGAUCGCAUCAACGUUCCAUCAUGGUGUGAUAGAGUGCUGUACAAAUCUUUUCCUGACUUGAAGCCCAUGCAAGUCUUAUACGGUUGUACUGAGGACAUCGUGACAAGCGAUCACUCUCCUGUUUUUGCUUCAUUCGAAGUUCCAGUUAUUAGUCAUUUUGUUGCUUCGCCUGAUCGAGGAAGACAAAUAGCUCAAUCGAAAAAGCCAUCUUGCAAGAUUAAAUUUGAGCGUGUAAGAGUGAAGCUAAACACAGUAAGCAAAACGGCAUUUUAUUUGGAGUUUCAUUCGGCGUGUUUAGCGACAAGUAAAAAAAGUAAAAUGGACUGGAAACACCUUUGCGAGAACCGCCACAAAAUGUUAGUUCGAAACAAUCUUUCACAAGUUGCUUGGAGGUCUAAUCCAUCUUACUUUCCUGAGUUGAAUCCCAUCCUGGACAACCCCGAGUAUCUUCGAGAACAGUAUAUGCUUAUAGCUGUUAAAUCUGAGGCUGGUGAUGAGUCUUACGGAGAGUAUGUUAUACCAUUAAAUCAUCAUUUAUCAAACAAACCACUGGAGUUUGAAGGCGUUCUAACCCAUGGUGGUAUACGACUUGGCGAAAUUUGUGGUACCAUGAAUGUUAUAAAUAAAAAACAAACAUCGAUUCGUGUAAAGCAAGGAUCAAGAGCACAUCCGUCUACGGCAAUUCAAAACAGACCUUACAGUUGUGUAGCUCCAGCUAGUGACCAUCCUCCGAUUUCUCCAAAAUCUGUUUCAUUGCCAAGACCUCCCCCACGAAAUGUUCCACCAUCAAUUUCUUCAUCAAGAGACUUGUCAGGUCAUUCAUCUGCGAGUACUUCGAAAUUUGAUAAUUACGUGUCGUUUUCAAAUCCCAUUCCAUCAACUUCAAACAAAAUUGACGUGCCAACUGACUCUUCAUCGCCACCACCUCUUCCUGCAAAGAAGAAGAAUCGACAGCCUAAAACAGUGGAAGAUUUUCUAUGCAAUCUUGGUCUGCAAACUUACAUUGAUGCUUUUAAUGAAAAUGGCUUUGAUGAUUUAGAAUUUCUGGAAAAUUUAACUUCUGAUGACCUAAAAUGUUUGUCAUAAACAGUACCCACAUACAGCAAAUAUUAGACGCCGUUCGGAAAUUGAAAAACGAUCGUAUUAUCAGAGGAUAGUUGUUGUAUUCAGUCAUGUCGACAUUGCUGUUAUGACGCAUUAACGCCUUGUUUUCAGAUUUUGACCAUGAAGUCUGGACGAUCAAUAUAAUCCAUUUUAAUGUGCUAGCCUCACGCAAAAAUCCGAAGAUAUAAUUUUGUAGUUGUAAAAAGGAACGAUGAGGAAUUUGUUGACUGUCCCUUUAGUACGAAUCUGUGGUACAAACAAAGACGCGUUUAACAUUAUGUACAUGCACCUGGUCUUUAUUAUCCAUCCACAAACAACACUAAGAAAGUCAUUAUCUGAUCAUUGAAUGUGGCAAGAUAAGUCAGUACAUUUCAGAUAUUUUACAGUAAAUAUGUUGUGAAUAAUCAUGUUUUAAUGCGAAAUUGUUUUAAUCAAAUAUAAUAUAAAGAUUUGCUGGAUCGCAGCGAUUUUGUGUA